CUUCUCCCCCUCGAUGCCCACUCUCUCUCUCAGUUCCACGCCUCCACCCACCGAAGAACCAAAAAAACAAAAAAAAAAAAGAGAGAUCUAAAAAGCGAGAGGUUUCUUUUCUCACCCCCUCCUCCUAGGCUCCUACUCUCCAAACCCUUGCUCUUUUGCUCCAAAAUUCCCAAUUUUCUUCCCAAAGUACGCCGCAAGAUUUUGAUCUCUUUCCCGAGGCUUCACCUUUUCUCCUUCCCCAGUUUCUUCCCACCACAGAUGGCGUCCUCUGUUUCCACUCUCAACUUCUCGAUCUCUUCAUCUUCUCCCUUCCCUCAUAAAAUUACCAGGUUUUCGUCUCGAAGGUGCCUCUUUUAUUAGCUUAUACAUGCCCUCUUCCUUCUCGUCUCUCCUUUUCCAGUGAGGAAUCGUCAUAUAGGGCAUCUAGAUCUCGGCGGGGAAUCAAUCGAAGGAAGGAGCGAACUCCAUGUCCCCAGCUCCAAUCGAUGCUCAAUUGCCGGAGCCCCCGCUCCCACCGCGGAAGAGAUUCUCGGAUCUCAGGAGUGUCAGAUGGCGUAUCGAUCUCGGGAUACUGCCGAGCUCGCCCUCGGCUUCGAUCGAAGAUCUCCGACGCAUCACGGCAGAUUCUCGGAGGAGAUAUGCCAGCCUGAGGCGUCGCCUUCUAAUAGAUCCUCAUCUCCCUAGAGAAGGAAGCAGAUCUCCUGAUCUUGCCAUGGACAAUCCUUUAUCACAAAAUCCAGACAGCACAUGGGGCCGCUUCUUCCGAAAUGCUGAAUUGGAGAGAAUGGCCGACCAAGAUCUGUCACGGUUGUAUCCAGAAGAUGGUAGCUACUUUCAAACCUCUACAUGCCAGUCUAUGUUAAGAAGAAUACUGCUAUUGUGGUGUCUUCGUCAUCCAGAGUACGGAUAUCGCCAAGGAAUGCAUGAACUACUGGCUCCUCUGGUAUAUGUACUUCAUGUUGAUCUGGACCAUUUGUCUCGAGUGCAAAAACUCCAUGAAAACUGUUUUAAGGAUGAAUUCGAUGGCAUAUCUUUCCCAGAAAGUGACCUUGUCUCCAAUUAUAGAUUUACAAAUACCACAAACUGGGACACGGUAAAUGAUAAAGACACUGUUUUUCAAGAAAGCACACCAGAAAUUAGCUGCCUGGAUGACCUUGAUCCCGACACAAGGGACAAGUUUUUAUUAAGUGAUGCUUAUGGUCCAGAAGGCGAGCUGGGUGUUGUGUUAUCCGAGAGAUUUAUGGAACAUGAUGCCUAUUGUUUGUUUGAUGGCUUGAUGAGUGGGGCCUGUGGUAUGGUUGCCAUGGCAGACUUUUUCUCUCCCUCUCCUGCGAUUGGAGCUAGCACAGGCUUACCUCCUGUUAUUGAAGCCUCAUCUGCAUUGUAUCAUUUGCUUUCCAUUGUGGAUUCAUCUCUUCACAGUCAUCUUGUUGAGAUUGGUGUGGAACCUCAAUACUUUGCACUCCGAUGGCUGCGUGUUCUGUUUGGACGUGAAUUUUCCCUUGGUGAUCUCUUAGUAAUUUGGGAUGAACUAUUUUCUUCUCCUAAUAGAGCAAGCAUGGAUAGUGAUGCUGAAUAUAGUUUUGAGGUCUUAUGCUCUCCUCGAGGGGCAUUUAUUGUAGCACUGGCUGUAUCAUUGCUUCUUCAGCUACGAUCUUCACUCUUAGCCACUGAAACUGCUACUUCUUGUCUUCAGAGGUUAUUAAACUUUCCUAAGAAUGUCGACAUGAAGAAGCUGAUAGAAAAGGCAAAGUCAUUGCAAGUUCUUGCGCUUCAUUCAAACAUCUCAUCUUCAUCACAGAGAAGUUCUAACAGGAAUAAGCUGAUGAUUAGUAGAGGUUAUAGUCUUCCGACUGGUUCGGCUUCUCCCAAGACUCCACUCCACCCAUUACCAGAUGGCUAUUGGGAAGAGAAAUGGAGAGUGUUGCAUAAGGCCGAACCUGUUCUCAAGGGGAGUGAUAGUGACUCAGUUUUGGGUGGAACAAUGAAGAAAUCUUUGGUUGAGAGGCUUGGUUUAGCUAGGACAGAAUCAGAUCCUUCUCCAACAAAGCCUAGGAGUGGGAAGAAGGAUUAUCAGUCUUCUGUUAGGCAUAGGCUCUUGGAUGAUUUGUCUCGAGAAAUGAAUUCGGAGGCAGAUCGUGAUAAGUUGGAGUGUGAAGAGAUUCCUGGUAGUUCAAAUAACAAGGAGUCUCUUACUGUGGGGGUAGAUGCGGGUAAGGAUUUUCCUGUUGAACGGGCUGAUCAAAAUAUUUUAGGAAGGACCUCAGAUUGUAUGACUGAAGAGGCAUGUUUGAGUGGAGAGAAUUCAGUCUUUUCCACAGCUACCAGUUCUCAUAGCAUGGACAAUGAUCAUGACAAUGACUCAGAAAAAAGUAGUGUUACCUCAAAUUCAUUUGUCAGUGAUAAUGAUGAUGAAACAAUUCAUGGAGAGGAUUGCCAGAGUUGCAGUGAUUAUAAUCAACCAGUUCGGGACUCUGAAACCACUUCUCCUACCACCAUUAAGCCUGAAACAGAUGUAUCCUUGAAACAGGUACCAGUUUCAAAGGAACGAAAACCGCUCUCUGGUAAAUUUCAGUGGUUUUGGAAGUUCAGUAGAGGUUCUAGUGAAGGGAAUGUUGAAAGGGGAGGAACUGAGGAUUCACAAAGAUCCCCUGGUGCUGGAAAUAUAAAUAAGGAUAUUUCUGGCGCUUCAGUUUUUGAUGGGUGCUAUAAUUCUUGUGAAAUUAGUAGGAAGAUGGAUCUGGGAGACAAUAAAAUGAUGGACACUUUGAAAAAUCUUGGGCAAUCCAUGCUCGAGAAUAUUCAGGUGAUCGAAUCAGUCUUCCAGCAAGAUCGGGGUCAGUCUGGUUCACUGGAAAACUUAUCAAACAACAUUCUUUGUGGCAAAGGGCAAGUUACGGCGUUGGCAGCUCUCGAGGAGCUUCGGAAGAUAAGCAACAUAUUAUGCGAGAUGUGAGGCAAGCUGUUAGAUAUGUAUACAAGAUGUAAGUACAAUUCUUGCAUGGUAAUAAAAGUUUGGUCUCUAGGCCUUUUUUUCCGCCAUCCUCUUUACAUCGUUUGCGAUGUAUAUACCAGCACCAUUCAUAAGGAAGAGCUGAUAGUCAAACUAUCAUCCGGUGAGAUCUUCCCUUUAGUUGGUGAACAAGUAGGGAGCAGUUAUAUCAGUAUUAGGCUGCUGUUUCGUGAUUGAAUGUUUACUAUCAUUUCAAGAAUAAAUUAACCAAUAGAUUCGCAUACUCGCAAA